CCACACACUCUGAUCUGCUGUGCCCUCCUCUGAGGCUAUUUUCCCCUGCAUUGACUUUGGGAAGCUCAUUCCCCGGUUGCUAGGGCAACCAAGGAUGAUAGCCCUCGGCAGGAGUUGGGGAAGCCUUAGGCUGCCUUUCAGCUCGUCACUGUGCAGCACGCCUGCUGACCUGCUGCUGGCUAGGAGGAGGAGCCAACUCUGCGGAGGAGCUUCUUCCGGCCCAGUGUGGGUCCUGCCUCCCCUCUGCCCCGCCAUGAGACAGAGCUCCAGCAUUAGAGCUACUGCUCCACUCUCCCUCUGCUGGCCUGUGCGCCGCUCUGACUCAAACUGCUCCAGUGAUAGCAGGAGCACAACCGAAAAGAUGUCAUCCUCUUCAUCCACCUCCUCCUCCUCCUCCACCACCAAUGGACAAGGAAAGCCUAAACCUAAAUCCCCGUUUCGCAAGAGGGGGAGUCUGCAGAGCACCACCAGCCCCGAUCUGUGUGGUGCAUCUGGGCCCAAGCCCCUCAAGCCCCAGCGAUCCCUACCGGGGACCCCCGUCUCUAUCACCCACCACGCAAUUGACCUGCGGACAUCCAUGGAAGAAAAGUACAAAGAGAUUGCGGAGGAGCUGUUCAGCCGCAGCAUGGCCGAAAGUGAGAUGCGAACUGCUCCUUACGAGUUUCCGGAGGACAGCCCCAUCGAGCAGCUGGAGGAGCGACGGCACCGUCUCGAGCGGCAGAUCAGCCAAGACAUUAAGCUUGAGCCAGAGAUCUUGCUCCGUGCCAAACAGGACUUCAUGAAAAUCGACAGUGCACCCGACCUAGAGUUAAUGAAAGAGAAGAGCGUGGAUAAUUUCGACAGUGGCUUCAGAGAGAGAGCACUGCCAAUCGAGCGGGAGUACCAGCGGGUCUCGAUAUCUGGCGAGGAAAAGUGUGGGGUGCCCUUCACUGACCUGUUAGAUGCUGCUAAGUGUGUGGUGAAGGCGUUAUUCAUCCGGGAGAAGUACAUAAAGCGAUCCAUGCAGACCUUUUGUAAGACCACAGCUCACGCCUUACAGGACCUCGGGAUGAAGCCCCUGGAUCUGAGAGUCUAUGAUGAUAUACCAGAGACGCCUGUAGAUGCCGAUGCCCCCGUCCACCCUCCUGUUUCAGAGACGCACCCCUAUGACAAUCAGGACCCCAAGAAUAUGCCAGCAGACACGGGAUAUGGAUGCAAGAUGGUGGAUGGAGUAGUUCAUGUCUACGUCAACAAAAACAACAUGGACAAAGGUACAGAACUGGACUUGCCAUAUCCUGACCUGAAGGAGUAUAUAGCAGACAUGAAUGUUAUGAUGUCCCUCAUCAUUAACGGGCCAGUGAAGUCGUUCUGCUACCGCCGCCUCCAGUACCUGAGCUCCAAGUUCCAGAUGCACAUUCUCCUGAAUGAGAUGAAGGAGCUCGCAGCCCAGAAGAAGGUUCCUCAUAGAGACUUCUACAACAUCCGAAAGGUGGACACGCACAUACAUGCAUCGUCCUGCAUGAACCAGAAGCACCUGCUGCGAUUCAUCAAGAGAGCCAUGAAGAAGUACCCCGGGGAGAUUGUUCAUAUCGAGCACGGCCAGGGUCAGACCCUCAAGGACGUGUUUGAGACAAUGAACCUGACGGCCUUCGACCUGAGCGUCGACACUCUCGACAUGCAUGCGGACCGAAACACAUUCCAUCGGUUCGACAAGUUUAAUGCCAAAUACAACCCCAUUGGAGAAUCCAUCCUCAGAGAGAUCUUCAUCAAGACUGACAACCACAUUGAAGGAAAAUACUUUGCACACAUAGUCAAGGAGGUGAUGUUUGACUUGGAAGAGAGCAAGUACCAGAACUCAGAGCUACGCCUGUCUAUCUACGGCCGCUCCCGGGACGAAUGGGACAAGCUGGCUCAGUGGGCCGUCAAACACCGAGUGUACUCUGAUAACGUGCGCUGGCUCAUCCAGGUGCCCCGUCUGUUUGAUGUGUACCACACAAAGAAGCAGCUGGCUAAUUUCCAGGAGAUGUUGGAGAACGUCUUCACUCCUCUGUUUGAAGCCACGAUAAACCCGCGCAGUCAUCCCGAGCUGCAUCUCUUCCUAGAACACGUGGUGGGCUUCGACAGUGUGGACGAUGAGUCCAAACCUGAGCAACACAUUUUUAACCUCGACAGUCCACUGCCGGCCAACUGGACGGAAGAGGACAACCCACCCUACUCCUACUACCUCUACUAUACCUACGCCAACAUGGCUGUGCUCAACCACCUGCGGAGACGGCGAGGCCUCCACACAUUUGUCCUGCGACCUCACUGUGGGGAGGCGGGGCCAAUCCACCACCUGGUGUCAGGAUUCAUGCUGUCGGAGAACAUCUCCCAUGGGCUGCUGCUCAGAAAGGCCCCGGUGUUGCAGUAUCUCUACUACCUGGCUCAGAUUGGCAUCGCCAUGUCCCCGCUGAGUAACAACAGCCUGUUCCUCAGUUACCAUCGCAACCCACUGCCAGAGUACCUGUCCAGAGGCCUCAUGGUGUCUCUGUCCACUGACGAUCCCCUCCAGUUCCACUUCACCAAGGAGCCUCUGAUGGAGGAGUACAGCAUUGCUGCUCAGGUGUGGAAACUGAGUUCCUGUGACAUGUGCGAGCUGGCGAGAAACAGUGUCCUCAUGAGUGGGUUCUCACACAAGGCCAAGAGUUACUGGUUGGGCCCCAGUUACCCCAAGGUGGGUCCCGAGAGCAACGACAUCCGUCGCACCAACGUCCCUGACAUCCGCGUGGCAUACCGCAGCGAGACGCUGUCUGAGGAGCUCCAUCUCAUCACUCAUGCCGUACGCACAGAGGAGCUGGACACGAUCGACGAGGAGGACUCUCUGACAAUGGGCCCUCUGCCGGGACAGCGCUGAAAUCAUCCUGUGGCCCCUCAAACCUGCGGUCUGCCCAGCGUGCCGCUCGAGGGACAGUGUGAGAGUAAUUUUCACAUAAACACCACCAGCCAUCACUUUAGCAGUAUGCCGCACACAGACAGCUACGCAGAUAUCAGAUAUCACACCGAGGAUACAGCGCUUCUUCAGCUUCUUGCGCGCGAGUGACUUUUUAAGUUGCACGAAUGAAUUGUAAAUCCAGAUCAUUGUUAAGAUGUUUUGAUUUUAUUUGACGUCAGAAACCAGGUUUUUUUCUUUCUGUAAAUGAACAGCAGGGAAACACUAGAGGCCAGUGUUUACCUCACCACCCUCACUUUAGGACAAUGCUAUGCUUACUUUAUUUUGUCCAUGCGUUUGACCACAAACAAAUCAGUGUAAGAGAAACACAAAUAUAAAAAUAUGUUUUUGGUCCAUUACAAAACAACGGUCUGACAAAUUGGACAGCGGCAGUAACUAAUGGGAAACACUGAGUCAGUGAUGUGUUUUUCAUCAAAGUUAUUACAUAUUGCGUAGUAUCUGUAGUUUUUACAGAAACACUGACGAGCAACAUUUACACUUUCCUAACAGUAAACCUGUUCUGUAUGUUGUUGCUUAUCUUCCUCUUUACAGCCAUGCUGCUUAAAUAACCUUCGUGUAUCUCUCAUAUCCUUUACACAAAUUAAUAAUGAAGGAACAGAAAUUGUGUGAGAUUGUACAGUACACACCAAACCUUGACAGGUGACGUAAAAAGCUUGAUUCAAUCGGAGGGAAUGCUGCAGAUGCAUGGUGCCUGGUGUGGUUUCAGAUCAUUUAUUUGCACGGCAAACAUUCCAAGAAGCAAAUUGUAUUGAACAGCAGAAGAAAUGAUUUCCAGUAAAAUGCAGGAGAUCAUUUUAUUUUUAUAUUUCUGUGAGAGAUAUAAAGGGGAAAUGUGAUUUGGUAAGGGUUGGACGAGGUCCGCAUCGCGUCCUCACCUUUGCGGCCCUGUAGACAUGCGACCUCUCUUCCUCCGAGGACCCCGAUCACACUCAUUCCUUUUUCCCAGUGAAUGAAGUAGAAAGUCGUGGAGUUUUUCCCUUUGCAUGCAGUGCACUGUGCGUAUGCACCACGACUUCACAGUGCCUUUUCAUUUUUACUUUUGGGCACGGCAUGCCCAUAUUUCUCCAAACUGUUUACAAUGUAUAAAGGUUCGCUCUGCAUCACGCCGCACCUAUCGCAUAUUUCUUCCUCAGCCAUGUACAGGAGGCCUCUAUGCUGUUGUGAUAUCCACGCUGGUGGGAUUGAAACCACCCAGCUGCAUGCUUGGUGUAAAACUAGCUUUUACCUUGGCUUUCGUUUGAGGAGAAAAUGUAUAUGUUUGUAAGCUGAAAGUGCUUAUUUGCAUGCCUGCAUGAAUAAUGACCACAAGGCAUUUUGUGGAGGCAAGAACAUUAGUAGAUUGAAAUCUUUUUCUACUCAAAUCUAGAAAUUUCAAGUUCUCAACAUUUCGACUAAUGGAAAAGGGAUAUAUUCCUCUUCUUGUUUUUCUUCUGUUGCCUGGUCCAAAAACUCAAGCUUCCGAGUCAGAAAUCUGUUUGUUGAGAAUAUUACACAGUAAAACAGAUUCGAAACUCAACACUGUUCACGUGUAGACAUGAGCGGACCAUGCUGGGACAUGGUGGAGACUGUCGCAUGGUUCUUGUAGCAUUUGUUUUAAGAUCGCCUCAAAGCUGGGAUCACACGUCUCUUUGUGCCGCAACCUCAUCGUGUUAUCACACCACUCUACCUGUCACAGGAUACGUUCAACCUCACAUCAGACUACGAACAUUCUCCUUUAAUCCUACCAUCGGGUUAAUAUAUGCGAUGCCAAGACUAGAAGAUGAUGAAUCAGAAAGCGUCAGCCUUUAUCCGAAUAAACCGCUGUGAUGUUUUAGGACAUAUACGUGUUUGCUCUAUAGAUGAUUAGUGUGAAAGAUAAAUAUCCAUCCUGGUGACAGUAGAUUUCCCGUGUCGUCGACGUGAUGCACGGGACACAAUGGAUUACGAGUGAUUGUUGGACUUCAUGUAUAAAGUGUAUUUUUUUAAAGGCAAUAUAGAGAUAAGAAAGUUUAUAUUCACAAUAUAUAGAUGUCAAGGUUUGACACUUAGUUUUGUUGCUGGGUGAUAAUUGUGGAUAAGUGCUGUGUCUUGGAAAUGUUUUUUUGUUUUUCAGUGCCGUUUAUCGUUCUUAGCCUUUCUUAAUUUGUCAUUUUACAAAAUAGUUUUUUUGUCAGUUCUGCCUUGUUUAAUAUUACAGUAACUGUUUUGCCUCAUGUUUUAUUUUUUAUCCAUGGAUGUUUCUCACACCUGCAACAUUCUUGAUAGAAAGGUACUCGACUGAUACCUCUUAAAAAAAUGUCUCUACACGAAACUUACCCAUUUUCUAUAUCGGCAGAGUUGACUUUUCAGGUUGUGUUUGCUGCAAAGACUCAUGUGAAAUCUUAAGGUCCUUUUCACUUCGACUGAUCUCCUGAGGAUCUGUAUCUGCACAUUAUCUACUCUGACUUGUCCUGAUACCAUUGGUCCACAGGUGAAAGCACAAAGUGUAUUUACGUGUAUUUCUGUUCAAUUGCUGCAGCUUCAUUUCAUUAGCGUCCCUUCACUUGUUCCAAUGAUGAACAACCGUCACAUUAAUGUAAAGUACUUAUGGGAAUAUGUUUUUGAUGACAGUGCACUUGGGAUCUGGAAUGACCCUUGACCUUUUCCAUCCAUUCAGCUUCACAACAUGUUUACUAUACUGAUGUCCACUUUGUCUUCUACAGUCACCACGUCUGUGCACUCGCAGCAUAGUGCAGCCUACCUCACAAAUACUAAUCUCUUAUUGUUGUCUUCAUAAUUGCAGUUCUGUGUUGUCCCCAGCAGCAGCAGGGCAGCCGCCAGUCAUUAUUGUCAUUGUUAUCGAUUACUAAUGAUUAUUUUCUCAAUCAAUUGUUUGGUUUGUAAAAAGAGAAAAGGGUGAAAUGCCCCUUAUAACUCCCCAUAGUGCAAGUUAAUGUAAUCAGUCCCAAAAAUAUCUGUUUUAUCUUGAUGUAAAACCAUGGAAAAGCCACAAAUUUUGACGUUUCAGAAGCUUGUACCUGCACAUUUUUUUAGAAGAUCAAGCGACCGUCACAGUUGUCGCUGAUUAUUUUCCUGUUCAUCAACUAGCCAGUUAAUCCCAGUGAAUAAUUGCACAUGAGAAUAUAUUCCCAAGACAAAAGAACAGUAGAAACCAUUAAAAGAUUCUGAGCAGUAACACAGUGAUUGUUCGAAUGCCAACACAAAAAACACACCAAUUAUUAAAAUAUAUUAUUCACAGAUUAAUAGUUUUAAUAAUCUUAUAUGAACAUUUUCUGCUGUGUAGACGUUCGGCUUGUUUUAUUUCUGUGUACCAUACUUCACAGUGUUCACUCUCAAGUUAUGCUUGUGUUCAUUUGAUAUUCUCAUGAAAUGUAUUUGUUUUUACACUUACAACUUCUUGUUACUUGUUGACACAGGUUUUUAUUUUCUGAUCUAGCCUAAUAUUGUUUCCAUUGAUCUGCAGCCACUUUGUUUUUUGUCCCAAAUGGAUGAUCUGUGUUUCACACAUUCAAAUGCUAGUGAUAAGGUUCAUGUGUAAUGUCUGAACAAUAAAAUAAAGCAUGUUUAUUCACCGAG